AUGUCUCAACAAUCCAACUCUUCUCCUUCCAAGAACAUGCCUUGUUCUCCUAGCGCUGAACCAAGCAACCCUAACAGAGAAGAUCCUGUUGAUGACUCUGUGAAUACCCCACAUGCAAGAAUACCUAAAGAAACUGUAUCAGGCUUCUCCUCAUCCAUCAUUCUUGAGGAACGAACAAAAGAAGGUUCCAGUGUUACUGAUCAAGAAAAUACUGAGUCUUUAGGAAAGAAUAUCUCUGAUGAUGUUGAGCAAACUGAUGCCCAUAAGGAGUCAAAUGUUGACAAACCCUUAGAUAAUGUGGCCGGUGAGGAAGUUCAUGUCACUCAUGAUGUCAGUGACAACCCUAACUGUGAGGCUGAAACAGUAGACCUGGAGGAAUUUUCUGAUAAUGAGUUGUUGUCCUCUGUCCUCCCUAGCAUAGCCAAAAGGGUUAGGACUAGGAGAGAAAAGAAAACUGUGGCUCAAAGGUCCCCCAGAAAGAAGAUUGAUGUUCCAACCUCUUCCAAGACAACGGUGGCAGUCGAGAGUUCCCUCAAGAGGAAAGUUCAUGGUCCAACCAAAUCUUGGAGCAAAGUGAAGAAGCCAACCACUAGCAAGCUUGUAGCUAGUGUCCUUGAGGUACCAAUUGACAACAUAUCUUUUCAUUUUGCUUCAAGUGUAAAUAGGUGGAAAUAUGUUUAUCAGAAGAGGUUGGCUUUGGAAAGGGAAUUAGCUCAGAAUGUCCUAGACUGUAAGGAUAUUAUGGAUCUUAUUCAAGAGGCUGGUUUAAUGAAGACUGUGACUCAGUUUUCAAAGUGCUAUGAGAUGUUGGUAAAGGAAUUUAUUGUUAAUUUUUCUGAAGAAUGUGUUGAUGGCAAGUCUAAGGAAUUCAGGAAAGUGUAUGUGAGAGGCAAGUGUGUAAAUUUCUCUCCUUCAGUGAUCAACAAGUAUUUGGGAAGGACUGAUGAAGCUCAACCUGAGCUUGAGGUAAGGAAAUGGCCUCUCAAAGGAAAAUUGGUGGCAAAUAAACUGAGUGUCAAGUAUGCAAUGCUGCACAAGAUUGGAGCUGCUAACUGGGUGCCCACCAAUCAUAAAUCUACAGUUGCUGUAAUACUUGGAAAGUUUAUAUAUGUUGUUGGAACCAAAGCCAAAUUUGACUAUGGCUCCUAUAUUUUUGAUCAAACUUUGAAGCAUGCAGGAAGCUUCAGUGUGAAGGGUCCUAUAGCCUUUCCUUCUCUCAUCUGUGGUAUUGUUUUGAAUCAGUUUCCAAACAUCUUAACUGAGAAUGAUUCUGUGAAGAAAAGAGACAGCCAUAUGUCUUUCAAUCAUAAGUUGUUCCUAGGUACCCAUGUCCUUGACAUUGUCAUGACAUCAGGUGAGACAUCACGUGUAAGCAAUCAGCCAGGUAAAGUUGCUGUCAUUGCAAUGCUCAAAGAAACCUGCAGGGAAUUAGAGGCAAGGAAGCUAAACUUGGAAAAAUUGAUUAGCUCUUUGGAGAUUACUGAAGGUGAUGUGCUAGCUGAUGGUGGAGAAUUUGGUGAAGCUGCUGCUGUUGCAGAAGAAGAUGAAAGACAAGGUGAAGAGGGAGAAGCAGAUGCCAGUCCUGAUGAUGGCACAGAUGAUGAUGCUGACUCUGAGUCAGAUGACUAG